AUGGCUACAGAUCAGCUUCAACUUGAUCACUCUUUCCAUCAAUCAACCAUGACAGAGCUUCUACCUUCUCCAACCCAUGACCACCUGAUCCACUACCUCUAUUUCGAUCAUUCGACCUCGACAUGGGUUCCACCUGGUUAUCGCUUUGCUCCGACCGAUGACCAGCUCAUUCUCCAUUACCUCUCUAACAAGAUCAAAGGAGAGCCUUUACCUUCUGAAGCCGUCACCGACUGCGAAAUCUACGGCGACCAAGACAAGGAGCCCUGGAGGAUUUUUGGCAUGACCUCAUCCAGAAAGUUCUACGUCUUCACCAAGCUCAAGAACAAGGGUAAGGGAAAAAGGAUUGAACGAACGGCUGGUCGUGGGACUUGGAAAGGACAAAGAACCGAUCCAGUCAAGGACUCUGACGGUAAUCAGAUAGGCUUCAAGAAGCUUUUUGUGUUUGAAGUUAAAGGGGGCGGUGCCAACAAUGUCAAUGGACAUUGGCUCAUGCACGAGUAUUCUCUUCUUACCCAAAGUGAUUAUGUCCUUUGUGCAAUCCGAAACAAAAAUGCCGCUGAACCGACUGCUGAAGAAGUUGGCCUUGAUCAUGUUGAAGGAAUGGAAGCCAUGAUAGAGGAGCUUGAACAAUGUAUUGGGCAAGACCAAACUCUGAUGAGUGAGCAGGUUCAAGCCACCAAUACUUGCAUAAAUAACCAACACACCAAAAGAGGUCUUGAAACUGAAGAAGAUGAGACUCAACCGAAGAGGAUGAGGUUCAGCAAUUCAGUCAAAGACAAGCAAACUUGUUUUACGGGAGCAGCAACACCGGUAUCUACUUUAGCAUUAGACAAAGCAUUGGGUGAUCAGGAAGGAAUGACAGCUGAAAAACUUGAACAAGAAUGGGUACUUAAAGGCUUUGAAGACCAAAAUUUGGAUGAGCUGCUGGAGGCCACCAAUGCACAGGAAUGCCAGCAACAAGAAGAAAUGAUGAGAUUUAGCGACAACUAUGUGACGGAAGACAUGUACAUGCAGCAUUCGUUCACUGCAGCGGCAGAACCAGCAUUGGGCUUUGAUUCAGAAUUCUCUUAUUAUAAUCCUCAACCUUAUACCUUACUUGACCAUUGCCCUCCCUCUUUGCCGGACGGCAGCAUGGGCAACUCGUCUGCUUGA